AUGAUUCAAAUAUCAGCCUUAAAAGUGGCCAUCACGAUGAUGGUGAUGAUCACUUUACCUACCACUUUUGCUUCUCAUGAAAUCCCUCGUCCACAUCAUAUCAAAAUCCAAAAGAAAAAUCAUUCACACAAAUCACAAAAAACACGUUUUACAGGUCUUAAUAGACAAGUGAAACCUGCAGGCUACGUACCUGGUCAUUAUAAACUAGUUUCUGAGUCAUCUGGCCAUUCAUUCUUCGAUAACUGGGACUUCUUUUCAGAUGCUGAUCCGACUCAUGGAAUGGUGUCAUAUCAACCAGUCGAUGAAGCUUGGAAAUCCGGGUUGGUUUCUACUUCACCAAAUUCAGCUAAAAUACAAGUAGACAAUUCUUCUUGGUUAGGUGAUGGUGAACCAAGAAAGAGUGUAAGGAUUACAAGCAAAUCUACUUUUAAAUACGGUUUACUUGUUUUAGACGCAAUCAAAAUGCCAUUUGGAUGUUCUACUUGGCCAGCUUUCUGGACCGUGGGUGAUAAUUGGCCAAUGGGAGGAGAGAUCGACAUCGUUGAAGGGGUCAACAUGCUGACCAAAAAUCAAAUGACACUCCACACUGCUUCAGGUUGCUCAGUUCAAACUCCAAUGUCCAAUUCAGCAAUGGGCACUGUUUUAGAUAAAAAUUGUGACGCUGCAUUAGAUGGAAACUCGGGCUGUGGAGUCUCAGAUCCAUCAGAAAUUUCAUUCGGCAAACCAUUCAAUGACAACGGUGGUGGAGUUUUUGUGAUGGAAUGGAAACAAUCUGGUAUCACGAUUUGGAGAUUUGCAAGAGACCAGCUUCCAACUGAUUUAACUCCAGGUCAUCAACCUAACCCUGAUUCAUGGUCCAGUCAUCCUCCAUUAGCUCAUUGGUCAAAUGAUGAGUGUAACAACUUGAGUAAUCAAUUCGGUGAACAUAGAAUAGUCUUUGAUAUUACAUUAUGCGGUGAUUGGGCAGGAUCACAGGGUGCAUACACUAGCGGCGGUCAAUGUGGCGGUUCUUGCUCGGAAGCAGUCAAAGACCCCGCAAAUUUCAAAGACGCAGCUUGGGAGGUUGCCUCACGCUCAAAUCUUUCCACGAAUAUGCCGUAA